GCGAAAUCGGGUCUUUGACACUUUCCAAUAUAAAACGCAGAGGUUCAGUGUGAUAACGGCAAAGAAAUGCUAGCAGCUAUACUGUCACCAUCAUCGGCUACGCGAGUUUUCACCCCAACUACUCUACAUAAACCUCCCACCACUUUCUCUUUUCUGCGGCCAUUUUCUCUUCCUCUCUCCGCUUCCCGGUUUCAAGUUCGUGCAAUGGCUGACUCUGCCUCUGCCCCUGCCCCCUUCAAAAAAAUCGCAAUCCAUAGAGACGAUACUACUUUUGAUGCGUACGUGGUGGGCAAAGAAGAUGCUCCUGGGAUUGUUGUGCUUCAAGAGUGGUGGGGUGUGGAUUUUGAGAUCAAGAACCAUGCUGUGAAAAUAUCCCAACUGGACCCUGGGUUUAAGGCGCUUAUCCCUGAUUUAUAUCGAGGAAAGGUAGGCUUGGAUGUUGCUGAAGCUCAACAUUUGAUGGAAGGCCUUGAUUGGCAAGGCGCAGUUAAGGAUAUCCGUGCUUCUGUUAAUUGGCUCAAGGCUAAUGGCUCAAAGAAGGUUUGUGUGCAGAUAUUCUAUAUUUUUUCAAGGAUCAUAAUUUUGUGGCUUACUGCAACAGUAGGAGUAACUGGAUUUUGCAUGGGAGGUGCUCUUUCAAUUGCAAGUUCUGUCUUGGUUCCAGAGGUUGAUGCAGUUGUCGCAUUUUAUGGUGUUCCUUCAUCAGAGCUUGCAGACCCUGCCCAGGCUAAGGCACCUGUUCAGGCUCACUUUGGAGAGCUCGAUAACUUUGUUGGCUUUUCAGAUGUGACGGCAGCCAAGGCUUUAGAGGAAAAGCUGAAAGCAUCAGGAAUUCCUUAUGAGGUACACAUUUAUCCAGGCAAUGCACAUGCUUUUAUGAACAGGUCUGAUGAAGGCGUUAAGAGGAGGAAGAGCAUGGGAAUGCCUGAUGAGGAUGAAGCUGCUGUUGAGCUGGGAUGGUCUCGCUUCAAAACCUGGAUGACUCGCUACUUAUCUGCAUAAAUGACUGGUUCAUGUGAAUAUUAGAUGUCUUGUCUGCUGGCUUUCCGCUUUUCCAGCUUGGGUAGUGGCAUGUUGGAGGGCAUUACUAUUUUACCGUGUUUGCAUGCAACCUUGAGGACUUGUAUUUUCCUGAAAUGAGUUAGUUUGCUUGUGGUACCUGGCUGUCUUGUUUUAUUCAUGUGGGCUUCUUCAUUGCCAUGGGACUGGUUUGAUGUAUACAAUCUGCGAUUUCUUUGCAUAUCCCUUUUUCUUAGACAUUGAUUAAGAGGUAGUUAAACUACUUCAACUGCUUAUAUUGUUAUAUGGUUUUACGUAUUAAGAUAAGAUUUUAUCA